AUGGCGUUAUUAACAGCUUCUUGGCGGCUCCUUCUGAUUUUGAUAUUCGUCACAAUAGUAAACGCCCUCAGCGAUGAUGAAAUCGCCAUGUUUCAAUGCGACAACCACGUUGAAGGGAACACGGGUGUAAGUGGUACCGUCGCCAUAGCAACGGAAGGAGAAUUCCAUAUAAUCACCAGUAAUGGAGUCCCUGACCACAAGACAGCUGAGUUCCCGAAUAAUGACAACCCAAAUGACGUCACAGAGCAGACGAUCCAAUGGACCAUCCCCGUGAAUCCAGUGGCUGGGGCAACUACUUCCCUACCAAUGGGCCCGAUCGGCGUCGCGAUUAACGGUAUACCAUUCUUCAGUCCGUACACCUCGGAUGGAUUGGAUGCCGUAGAAACGGAAGUAUUCGAUGAUUGUGACGGACAUCCAACACAAACAGGUGCAUAUCAUUAUCAUAAGAUGCCUUCGAGUUGUGUCUUUGAUGUAAUUGAAGGUCAACCGUCGUCUGUUAUUGGUGUCGCUUUCGAUGGUUUCCUCAUCUACGGACCAAACGAUGAAAAUGGCGUGACAUUGACCUCUGGUGACCUUAAUGACUGUCAUGGACGAAUUGUGGAUGGGAAAUAUCGCUAUCAUGCAACCAGUGAUUUCCCGUAUACUAUAGGAUGUUAACGCGGGUAGGUUGAUUCGAACAAUUUUUCGAGUGGUCAGCAGUCA